AUUUGACAAUCUGGCCACGGAAAUAAAAUUUAAAAAUAUCCGGUCUUCUGCCUACUCAACUUUAUGAUAGCAGACAAGUCUUACUUUUUGACUGUGUUUGGAAAAAAUUGUUUUGAUGACUAAUUUGUUAUGAAUUCAUACCGCUGUUUUUACUAACAAGUAAAAAGUACUAUAAAUUUAGAUACAAAAUUAUUAAAUUUACCAUGUCUGCUGUUGGUAUUGAUUUUGGUAAUGAAAACUGUUACGUUGCUGUAGCUAGAGCUGGAGGAAUCGAAAUAGUUACUAACGAGUAUAGUCAGCGUGCGACACCGUCAUAUGUUGCAUUUGGACCAACAUGUCGUGAUUUGGGAACCUCUGCUAAAAAUAAAUUUGUCACCAAUAUAAAAAAUACUGUGUGUAAUUUUAAGCGUAUCGUAGGAUAUAAAUUUAAGGAUCAACCUUUGCAGAAUCAAAUGUCUUACUUGCCUAAUCCUCUUUAUGAGUAUCCUAAUGGCAAUGUUGGAUUUGUGGUGCAAUAUUUAAAUAAAGAAUCUAAGUUUACCUCAAAUCAAAUUGCUGCUAUGCUUAUAACUAAGCUAAAGUUGAUUACAGAGACAGCUUAUCAAAACAAAGUUAAAGAUUGUGUUAUUUCAGUAAGUAUUUAUUUUUUACUAAAACUAUUUGGUUCAUAUUUUUUUGUUAUUGUAGCUGCUCUAGCCUAUGGGUUUUACCGUCAAGAUGUAAAUGAUAGUAAGCCAAAGAAAGUUGUAUUUAUUGAUAUUGGACAUAGUGCUGUUCAAGCAUCUCUGUGUGAUAUUUAUUUAGGAAAGUUACAGGUGCUGUGUUCAACUUCUGACCAAUGUGUUGGUGGCAGAGACUUUGAUAAUUGUAUGGUUCGUCAUUUCAGUGAAGAAUUUAAGCAAAAAUAUAACCUGAAUGUUUUAGGCAAUCGAAGAGCUAUAGUUCGACUCCUUCAAGAAUGUGAAAAACUGAAAAAGCAACUAAGUGCCAAUCCUCAAGCAUUGCCAUUAAAUAUUGAAUGUUUUAUGGAAGACAAAGAUGUUAGCAGUAGCAUGGGAAGGGAUAAAUUUGAAGAAAUUUGUGCUGAUUUAUUUGUUAGAAUAGAGGCUGUUUUCCAACGUUUGUUAGCUGAAGCUCAUAUGUAUGCUCGAGAUAUUACUGCCGUUGAAUUAGUUGGUGGAUCUACAAGAAUUCCUGCUAUCAAAAACAUAAUUCGUAAAGUGUUUGGCAUGGAGGCUAGCACUACCCUAAAUCUUGAUGAAGCUGUUGCAAGAGGCUGUGCCCUUCAGGCUGCUAUGUUGACACCAACAGUUAAAGUUAAAGAAAUGCAAAUAUUAGAUGCCCAACCAGUUGCAAUAAAAUUGAAUUGGGAUAUUACAAAGACUGAAAAGGGAGAUGUUGAAGCGUUUUCCCGGAAUCAUCCCAUACCAUUUUCAAAGCUUCUAACAUUUUUCAGAAAAGAGGAUUUUACAUUAAAUGCUUUUUAUUCUUAUGGGCAAGAGGAUGGAUCUUCAAUAGGUUCCUUUACUGUUAGACUCAAUCAGUUGACUUCUGGCGAAAGUGCCAAAAUAAUAGUAAAGCUUCGUAUCAAUAUAAAUGGAAUUUUCAGUGUUUGUUCUGCUGUAAUUGUUGACAAAGAUUCAAAAGAGAACCUGCAAGUAGAUCAAAAAGCUGAAGACGCUAUGGAUCUAAAGCUGCUUGACACUAGUGUGCAAAAUGACACUGCCCCAAAUGAAGAAAAGAAGAGAGACUUUUUCUCUUUGAAGAAACAUAAGAAAACUCCUCAGGAUAUUGAACUUCAAAUUGAAUCCAAAGUGCCUCAGUUGAAAGAAGAUGAGAUAAAAAAUUGCCUUGAAAAUGAACAACAAAUGAUUCAUCAAGACAUUUAUGAAGAAAAAAGAAUAAAUGCUAAAAACUCAGUGGAAGAAUUUGUUUAUGACAUGAGAAAUCGUCUUUCUGAUGAACUUCAAGAAUAUAUUUCUAUUCAGGAGCUUGAUAACUUUCAAAAAAAGUUGACUGAAGUCGAAAAUUGGAUUUAUGAAGAGGGUCAAGAUGAGAAAGAACAAGUAUAUAGUGAUACCCUAACUGCAUUAAAAGUGAGUCACAUUUUGUUUUAUUUAUCUAAAUUUUCCUGUAAAAUAUAUAAAAUUUUUCAUGUUCAAUAUCGGAAUCUGUUUUUGUAG